AGUAAUGCAAAUACUUUUGUGAGUUCGAGCUUGAGCACUGGCUGCGCUACUGCGCAUCCGCGAAGAGAAAUUGAAAAUUUCAACAGUUAUUCCAAUUGUUUCCCCAAAUUUUCGAUAAUAACGAGUUUAAAUUAUCGAUUAAUUAUCGGAAUUUAUUUCAAGUGAAGGUAUAAUAUGUCGGGUGAUGUACAACCGAGAAAACGAAAAGAGAAGAGACGUAAAAGAGAAGAUGAGGAUGCUGGCACCCCACCUCCAACGCUCAUUGGACCCUCGGAUCAUGGAGAUAAUGUCACAAUACAUAUUCACAAAGAGGGAGGGACAGGGGGGCAUUGGUGUGCUAAGAUAAUAUUCUUUGUACUUUUGUCUGUUCUCGUGGGUCUCGUUGGUGUAAUUAUUUUGGAAUCUAGGGGAUCAACCGACGUUGAUACACCUGUAGCUUCUUCAAGAUGGGCGAUGAUAUUCGAAGGUUGGGUAGACGAUUCGUUGUCCUUACAUGAUGAUCAUGAAGAAUCCCAUGAUAAAGGUGAUCAUGAGGCUGCAAGUCACGAAGAGGAUGAGGAACAUCAAGAAGAGCAAGAGGAUCAUGGAGAUGAUGAGGAAGCUGAGCAGGCUGAUUCGGAGGAAGAAAUUUCUAAUGAGGGAGAAAAUGAGGAGGAGCAGGAAGAUGAAGACAGUGAGACUGGACCUCCUGGUGUUGGCGAGGAUAAUUACUAUGAUGAUGACGAGAGAGAGGAGGAAAAUGAUUCGGGAACGUUAGAGGAAGUUGAUGAUGACGAGGCAGAGAGAGAAAUUGAGGAAGAUGAGAAUGAAGAUGAGGAAGAGGAUGAGGCAGAGGCAGAACUUCUGGAUGUUAGUAUUGAAGGAGUCAGUACCACAGCAGCAGUAAACAAGGAUGAUGAUGAGGAAGAUGAGGAAAAUAAUGAUGUGUCGUAUGAAUUCGUGGGAAUCCCUGGGGUCAAUGAUAUCGACGAUGACAGCGAUGAACCUUUGGAAGAAAUAGAAGAUGAUCCUGAAAUUGACGAAAUGACCGAGGACUCGGUGGACCUGGGUGAGGACAACGAGGAUGAAGUCGAGGAAGAACCUUCCAGCG